AAAUUAAUCUUCCCUCCACCAGACUGUUCGUCCCCUCUCUCUUUUACUGCCUUCCAAAGCCCAAAGCUGAAAGCCGAAAGCCAAAAGCGGAAAGCUUACCUUCGCAAACCUCACACCUUCUCCUUCCAAACCAUCUUACCACCUCUCUCUCCAGCUCUCAAAACCCUAAGUUUCCUGCGAAAUGGCUGCCGAGUUCACCAGUUGCGUCGAGUACGGCCUCGGCCUCUCCAAGCGGGUUUUCUACGGCAAGGAGUCGGUCCCCAAUCCGUCGGAGAUGAAGAGGUCAUCGAAGUCUUAUUUUCCGGAGUCUCCGAUGGUGUACGCGGUGGUUUCCGACCCGGAAAUCGUCGAUAAUCCGGACAUUCCGAGCUACCAGCCGUACGUCCACGGCCUGUGUCAACCGCCCGCGUUGAUACCUCUGCAUAUGCACGAGAUAGGUAUGGAGAUCGAGGUUUAUCUGGACACUGCGUUUGUUACCGUGAGCGGCACGUGGCGCGUUCAUUGUGUUUCCGCCGCGAAAAGGUGCGAGUGUCGCUUGGCCGUGCCGAUGGGCGAGCAGGGUUCACUUCUAGGUGUUGAGGCUGAAGCCGCCGGAAGAUCAUAUCGGACUCAGCUGAUCGCGGCGGAGGACCCAAGAAAUGUGGAGAAAGUAGGCCAAGAGGGUUACUUUCUGAAACGCCAGGCAUACACUUUGAAAGUCCCACAGGUUGAUGGAGGCUCAUUACUUUCCUUCAAGAUCAGAUGGUCUCAGAAAUUGUUGUAUCAUGAUGGCCAGUUCUCCCUCAGUGUACCUUUUCGUUUUCCGGCAUAUGUCAAUCCCGUUGGGAGGAAAAUUUCAAAGCGGGAAAAGAUUUUGUUGAAUGUGAAUGUCGGUACUGACAUAGACGUUUCAUGUAAAAGUACCAGCCACCCUCUUAAGGAAGUGAGGCGCCAAAGCGGUAGAUUGAGUUUUUCAUAUGAAGCAGAUGUACAAUCAUGGUCAAAUGCGGCCUUUAGUUUUUCAUACACUGUUCAUACAAAUGACUUGUAUGGUGGUGUGUUCUUGCAAUCUCCAACGCUUCGUGAUUUUGAUGAUAGGGAGAUGUUCUACUUCUAUCUGAUGCCCGGGAAUACCCAGAUUAGAAGGGUUUUUAAAAGGCAAGUUAUAUUCAUUGUUGAUAUGAGUGGAAGCAUGCUGGGAGACCCUCUUGAAAAUGCAAAGAAUGCACUGUUGGCAUCACUUUCUAAUCUCAACCGAGAAGAUACUUUCAACAUAAUAGCCUUCAAUGGAGGGGUUCACUUAUUCUCAUCAUCAAUGGAGUUGGCAACAAAUGAGGCAAUGCUAAAAGCUAAGAACUGGGUUGACGCCAAUCUUAUUGCGAAUGGUGGUACAAAUAUCUUGCUUCCCUUCAGAGAGGCUAUGAUAUUGUUGGCCAAGACGGUUGAUUCACUUCCCCUCAUCUUUCUCAUAACUGACGGGGCAGUUGAAAAUGAGAGGGAGAUUUGCACUUUUAUGGAAGGUUAUGCAAGUGCAGGUUCAGUUUGUCCUCGCAUAUCUACUCUUGGCAUAGGUUUAUAUUGUAACCAUUACUUCCUGCAAAUGCUAGCCCAAAUUGGGAAGGGCUGCUAUGAUGCUGCUUAUGAUUCAGAGUCAAUUGACUAUAAAAUGCAAAGGUUAUUCACAAGUGCAUCGUCAGUGAUUCUUGCCAAUAUAACCGUGGAUGCUUUAGACUCUCUUGAUUCACUUGAGCGGUAUCCAUCUCAUAUCCCAGACCUUUCAUCUGGAAGUCCAUUGAUCAUGUCAGGCAGAUAUGAGGGAAUCUUUCCCGAUUCCGUUAAAGUUCGUGGUACCUUGGCUGAUAUGAGCAAUUUUGUUAUAGACUUGAAAGUGCAAAGAUCUAAGGAUAUUCCACUUGAUCAGGUGCUUGCAAGAAGGCACAUUGACAUGCUUACAGCUCAUGCAUGGUUAUUGGGAAGUAAAGAGCUAGAAGAGAAGGUUUCUAAAUUGAGUAAACAAACCGGGGUUCCAUCUGAGUACACUUGCAUGAUACUAUUGCUGACUAAUGAGGGGAAGAAAGCAGCGGAAUCAGUUAUGAUCCAAGAGGUCUACAACAAAAUUACUCAGUGGAAGAAGCCAGAGUCGAAUAGCCAGAAGGUGAUAAUCCUCGGAAACCUGGGUUUUGGCUUUGGUAACUUGACUGCAACGGUCCAGAACAAAGCACCAGGAAGCGAAGAAGAAAAGCCGGCUGAUGCCACAGAAAUGUUGGUGAACGCGGCUUCCGACUGCUGCAGCCGAGUACUCGACCGCGUCUGUUGCAUGUGUUUCAUUAGGACUUGUUCGCACAUGAACAACCAGUGCGCAAUUGUUCUCACACAAGUCUGCACUGCCCUUGCCUGCUUUGAGUGCCUGAAUUGUUGCUAUGAACUAUUCGCAGGAUGAUGUAACGAUAUAGUAUAUCAAGGAAUUGAAGAGCAAAGCAGAAGAAUCUUAUGUUUGUAUAUAACAUCUGUUGUGUUUUUAAUAUACGAUGAAAUUUGUUCUUCUAA